UGACUGUGCGAGAUUCAUUCUUCCAUAAUGACUCGAAAGUUGCUGUUUACAAUCAUAAUGUUUGUAAAUUUAUUCUCGUUUGGAUUAAACACCCACAAUCAACAUGACAACAUCACUGACAGUGCUGAACUGGUUCAUCAUCAUGAACAAAGUCUAGAAUUAGCAGACAUAUUGCCGCUCAAAGCAAGAAGCUACGAUAAAAAUCGCGCACCGAAGCUUCUCGGACAACCAACAAUCGUUUAUUUCCAUGUCACUGUACUGUCAAUUGAUUCCAUCAAUGAAGAAUCAAUGACCUACGUAACCGACAUUUUCCUAGCGCAAAGCUGGCGAGACCCUCGUCUAAGAUUACCUGAAAACAUGAGUGAAGAAUAUCGAAUUCUUGAUGUGGAUUGGCUUCGUUCAAUUUGGCGACCAGAUUGCUUUUUUAAAAAUGCUAAGAAAGUCACGUUUCAUGAGAUGACGAUACCGAAUCAUUACUUGUGGCUGUAUCAUGACAAAACGCUUCUUUACAUGUCAAAAUUAACUCUCGUUCUUUCCUGUGCGAUGAAAUUCGAAUCUUAUCCACAUGAUAUUCAAAUUUGUUCGAUGAUGAUUGAAAGUCUGUCACACACCGUUCAUGAUCUGGUUUUCAUUUGGAACAUGACAGAUCCGUUGGUUGUCAAUGAAGAAAUUGAAUUACCCCAACUUGAUAUUUCUAAUAAUUACACAAUGGAUUGCACGAUUCCAUACUCGACUGGAAACUUUACAUGUUUAGCUGUUGUGUUUAAUCUGAAACGACGUCUUGGUUAUCAUCUCUUCCACACAUAUAUUCCAUCAGCAUUGAUUGUUGUCAUGUCAUGGAUUUCAUUUUGGAUUAAACCUGAAGCUAUUCCAGCGAGAAUCACUUUAGGUGUCACGUCUUUACUCACACUUGCCACUCAAAAUACUCAAUCACAACAAAGUUUACCGCCAGUUUCAUAUGUGAAAGCUAUCGAUGUAUGGAUGAGUUCGUGUUCAGUGUUUGUGUUCUUAUCACUCAUGGAAUUUGCUGUUGUGAACAUCUACAUGGGACCAGUGGCAACGAAAGCGAUGAAAGGAUAUUCAGAUGAAGAUCUUCCAUCCGAUGACGACUAUAAAAGCGGCGAAUAUCGACCUUCAUUACCGCAGUACGACACAUUUUGUAGUGGAAGAGAAGUUGCAUUGUCAAGAGCAAGAGAAGAAGUUGACAAGCCGAAGACUCUUCGUAAUGAUAUUGAAACGACUGCAGUUGCUAUCGGCUUAAGCGCAUUUGUUUUAUCAAUUUUUCUUAUCUAUUGGGGAAUGGUCAUCUUAGUUCGAUUCUAUAUCUUCGAUCAUAUUCUUUACAAUAUCUUCAUUUUAUGUAUUUUAACGACAGGAAUCAUCGUCAACGUUGCAUCACUCAAUUUAUUGCUAACUCAUGAAAUCGAGACGAGUUGCGUUCGACCUUUCGUCAUCGGCUUUCCUGUCACAAUCUUUUGGACAGUUCUCAGCAUUUGUUUUGGAUUUUUGAAAGACAAUUUCUUCUCUCAAUUUGCAUUCAUGCCAAUUGCUCUCUACGAUUCUGCAUAUUACGAUGGUUUGGGAUUCAAUCCGAACAACACGGCACUUCAUCCUUUCGCAAAGCCAUUCGUCAUUGAGAAUUCAUUUUUUGAGCAAACGACUCUUGUCUUCUCUAUUUUGACUGUUUUUGCGAUUGCACAGCUUCUAUGUUGGACACAUUCAAUUUUCUUCUACCGACAAUUGGAAGUAAAAUCUGUCAAUUCGGCUAAGCUUAUGGUUGGCACUUCAAAAGAGUUAUAAAUAAAACCACAACAUUGUAGUGUGGAUAAACAUUCUGCGCCCACCACAAAUCAUCUGAAAGCGAAACCGAAUCGUCUACAUAAUUAAAAGAAAAAAAUUAAAAGCUUUGCCACAUUUGAUGAUCAAUCUCAAAUAUCCCCAACAGACAGGGAUUGAAAUGUUUUCACUUUUUUGUUUAUAGAAAUGCAUUUAUUGAAUUUUUUUCUCAUCAAGCUGUCAUUAAAUGUACCGCAUUUCACCGGCUAGAAGACAAUGUCAGGUUUCAAUCCCUGACCAGCACACAUUUUAAAACAUUUAUAAGAAACAACCAUAAAGUUUCUAUUUCAAUAAAUUUUAUUA